AUGGCCUAUUACGCUUCUGCUGAAGGCAGCUCGCGUCGGCCACGGGUUCGCUUCUACCAAGACGACCGAGAAACCUAUGCCCCUGAUCUUCCUCGGAGAUAUCUAUACAGUGCUCCAACGGCGUCAAGACGUCGUGGCCAAUACUCUGGUGAUGAAUAUGUCCCAGAAAGAGUGCCCGCAUCUAACUUGCCGCCAUGGACACAUCUCGAGCGCCGCAUGCCGUCACACCAUGGAGAGCUUUCGCAGCAGACAGUUUUUGGUCCUCCUGCUCCCUCAGGGAGGCGGCUGAGGCAUCGUGAUGCCGAGACAGCUGAGGUUCCACCGCCACCGGGAAUGGCGAGAUACUCGCAGUCUCCCCCACGGAUGGACAGCAGAGAAGGAGAUGACGUCUAUUCGUGGCCACGAAAUACUAGGAGAGAUACGGACCAGGCUUCUAAUCGAAGUCAUUCUCCAUCGAGGGUGCAGCACUAUGAUGCCAAUGAUGGCCCCACGGUCCACGCCUACAAGUCUGGAGAUGCACAAGUCUACAUUGUUGACGAGGGACAGGCUGAUAGAGGCUUUCGUCCACCGAGCCCCAUGGGCGGAGAUUUGGACGCCUAUGACGAAUUCAAUUUCUUGUUCCCCAAGUCGGCUUCCAAGGACGACGAACUGUCGGAUCUGGAAUCCCCAGCCGUGGACUCUGACUCUGCACAUAGAGAGGAUCGCGAUAUUUCUAUAGUAUCAAAUGCCAAGAGGAUUUAUUCUUCACACUACCUCGGCAGCGCGGAACCUGGAGGCGUCCAUGCAGCCAAACUGACCGAGCUGUUCGACACAAAAGGGAAGAAAAGAUCACUGUUUAAGUGGCUCCAUAUCCACCAAGAAGUCAUGAACUUUGACGAUUUUUGGGCCGAAAUAUCGCGUCAAAUUCAUUUCCCAGAGCUCGAAAGAAGUGCCAUGGCAAAGCUCAGAGCAGAUGUGAAAAAGAACUGUAUUAAGACACGACAAAACCCCAAAGGAGCAAGGGUUGGGCAUAUGGAACCUCGCUAUCUUGAAGUCCCUCUAAAGUCCUUCACGAAGCAGCUUUCAAGACAGGAGAAGCCAACCGGCUCUGCGAGAUGGAUCUGCCUCCCGUACUUCUCUCUGCAAAAGUACUCGGGCUUGCUUGCGGGCUCAACUACGUCUGUGUUUCCCUCGCAGACGCUACUGCAGGCACAGUACUCUCGCACAACGGAACAGAGGGACAUGCUACAAGCUUGGACAGCGCUCCUCGUAACUUGCGGUACCAUGUCCGAGCUCGACCUUCGUGGAGAGUUGGUCGACGUCAAGUCUCAGCCGUCCCCAGAGACUGCUGGCUCUACGCCUGGAAGGAUUCUUGUCAAGUACGGAAACGCUGUUACUUGGUCUUUUCCAGCUGUGGCAUGUUCUACUUGGUUUGUGGAAGAAACUGCAAAUGACAAUAUAAGACUCAUGCAUGAGGAGAGAAUCGAUAUCUUCAAUGCUGCGGAUGAUAUUCACAAGCUGUUCUUCCCUUCGACGUUUGAUGGGCCAACGAUACACAAGUAUUGGGGGGCUCUCAAGUCUCUUCUCAAGAUACCUCAGCUGGAGGGCGAAUUCACAGUCUCAUCCGUGUCUGCAAGCCAAAAUAUUACGACAGACAUUAGGACAACCUUGAGAGACAUGUCUCAAAAUGUUGAAAACUUCCAGAAUCUAAUGUCUUAUGCUGAUGAGAAGGAAAGGGCCACCAUCGACCUCCCCCGGCAGUUCAUCACGGCCUGGCUUCACAUUGUGUCGGGCUUGAUCAGUGCUUCUGAUAGAGGAAAUGCAUGGCUUGGGCACGUGUCCAAGGCUAAAGUGCUGAUGAUGGCCGGCAUGAACCGUAUUGUUCAGAGCAUUUCGAGCCGAAACAUCCUCGACGAUUCUGCCGUGCUACCCUUGGAAGUCCUUUCGCUAUUUUCACUAAACUUGUUGCAUGACCAAGUGGGUAAAUCAGAAGACAUCAUGGAUACCUACGCGCAGUACCUGACGUUGCUGGAUGCCGAGAUCACCAGCCAGCCGUCCGACCGAUCUUAUCAGCACCGGAUCGAUUUGGUCCAACAAGAAAUGACAGUCAUCAAAAGGACAGUGGCGAAGCAAAGAUAUAUUCUGGCCAGCAUGAAGUCAAACCUCUCCACCAAAGACGGCGGCAGGUAUCUCACAGACGCAGCCGACGACGCAGCUUGGCGCCGCAGACGAGCCAGGGACAUGUACGAGGACGCACCGCCUUAUUACCCUGGUCCGCUGCCGUACGACCCUCUGGUGAGACGGCGUGACGCCGAGUACAUGAGGUUGGACGACGAAGAUGCAGCGGACCUCGAAGCCGCUUCAAAACUGUCGGCUACAGAUGAGCUCGGGUUCCGCGCUUUAUUCCUCAACGAAUGCAUUCGGCUUGUUGAACAGCGCGAGUUCGACCUCCGCCGCCACACCGACUACGCAGACGACCUGGAGCGUGCCGUGGUGUACGGCCUGGACUGGACAAAGGAUCGACAGGAAAACGCCAUCUACGCAUUCACAAUCGUCACCGUCGUGUUCCUCCCGCUCAGUGCCAUCUCGAGCAUCUUUGGCAUGAACACCAGCGAUAUCCGCGACAUGGAUUCAGGCCAGUGGCUGUACUGGGCCGUUGCCGUCCCGGUCACGCUGCUCAUCAUUGUCAUUGGCCUGUGGUGGAUGGGCGAACUGGGCAAUGUCCUCGGGUGGCUGUCUGGCAGGCGGACGGGCCGCGUAUCAAACACCAGACAUGUCCCUGGCGUGGCGCCUCAGAGGACGGAUGCCGCGGCAUUUGUUGUCGAUCGACCUCCAACCAAGCCGGAGGUGGACUAUCCCGAGGCACGAAUGGCGGAUGACCGUUUGCCGCGCCCGAUUGCAUACAUGGCCGAGCAGAGCGUGCCCGUCGUGCGACGCCCGAAAAGACGUCCGCAGUCGGUUAUUCGAUAUUAA